AUGCACCCUCCUUUCUGGGGCACUCCCUCCGUAUGUGACCCAGCUGUCCGCACUCCCAACACCCCGGUUGUCUUGGGUCAGGGAGUGGCCUUCUCCAGCCCCUUUCAUGGGGGUGGUCUCUCCAACGAUAGCCCGAAUGGCCAUGCUCCCCCUGAUCCCAAGCAACAGGAGGAGUCUCUGUCCACCCCGUUCUCGUCUCUCUUGACCAUCCCUUUUCUUCUCCCCUCCCCUGGGAGGCUGGACCGGAAUAGACUCCCUUUUCUGUUUCUUUCCUUUUUCUGUUUCUUUCCUUUUUCUGUUUCUUUCCUUUUUCUGUUUCUUUCCUUUUUCUGUUUCUUUCCUUUUUCUGUUUCUUUCCUUUUUCUGUUUCUUUCCUUUUUCUGUUUCUUUCCUUUUUCUGUUUCUUUCCUUUUUCUGAAUUUGCGUGAAAAAACCAGUAUUUUAGUGACUGAUAGCGUAUCUACAUCAGAAGAGUUUGCUUUGGCAGCAGGCUUACGUAGACGUACGAGAUCAGUUGGACCGCAAGACUCUUCUGCUUUGUUGAAUCAGUUACGGCAAGAGGAAGUAAUCCGAGAAAAGAAAGCUCGUAAACAGCAUAUGGAGGAACGACGAGCUGCUCAAGAAGCUCAUGUACAAGAAAUAAUUGGAUGGGAAGAUAUCUUGCUGGAAGAACCAUUGAAUUCUCAAAUGAGGGCCAUGUGGGAACUACCUCAAAUUGGUCAUUUCUUAUUUCUGUGCCAAGAACCUCUCUAUUUGGCUGAAGUACCACAGUAUGAACUUGAGCGAUGUUUUCUGAUGGCUCGUGAGAGUACAACUAUGCAAAGAAUCAUGAGCUCAUUACUAAGCACUCCUCAUCAAAGAACAAAACUCUACAAUCAUCGCCAUCGGAUGCCUUACAGAAUUUGGGAGGAGAAAUUACAAAUGAAGGUGAAAUAUUGGUAUGAUGUUCUUGAAUCAUUUGGAGGGAAUGUAAAUAAGGCAGCAGAUAAAUUAGGUCUUGAGCCUUUUGCCUUUGAGUCUUCACAGCCCUCUACAUCCCAUCCACCAAAGUCCCCCUCUCGCUCCACAUCCUCCGACCAACACCUUCUCCCCGUCCCUCAACCUCUCUUUGUAAAGCGAAGCCUCCACUUGCUUCUCCUUCCACUUCUGCCCAGUCCCAAAUUCCUCUCCAGCCCAUUUAGACAACCCUUUACGCCCCGCAACACUCCCAGUCCUUCUCCUACUAAAUCGCCUGAACACCAGGAAUCAUUACGUGAAGCAAUUGAAUUACAACCACCUGAAGAACAACGGGAAUAUAACUUGGGCAGUGAUUCAGAAGGCAAUGUGUAUAUUCAUUUUCCUCAAUUCUGUGGAGCAGACUUGAGAGUCUAUCGACAUAAACCUUUUCCUGAUCCAUACUUGGAAAAUGAAGACAUGAAUGAUUUUGAAGUAGAAUCAUCUGUGAAAGAAAAAAUGGAAACCUACAGUCCAGUAAAGAAAAAAUACAGCACAAAAUCUGAAGUUGUUUCUGAAGUAAUAUCUCCUCCUUCAGUUCGACCAAGCAGAUUGAGACAGAACAUUAAAACUAUUUUACCAGUCACAGUAACCACAAGUGAAGAUGAGGAGGAAGUGGAGAGCAUUGAUAAUGAUUACAUUGAACCUUUACAAAAAGUAAAGAAAAGAGUUGAACAAAAUGAGUCACGAGAAAAUAGUCUUACAAAUAGUUCAAAUGAUGAGUUGAUAUGCAAAACAGAAAAAGAGGAAACAGAUGUAGAAUUGGAACCUGAAAUUGGAAGAUUUGAAUUGAUUGUGGAUUCUACAAGCAAUGCCACAUGGAGCAAAAUGGAUCUCUCUCUCUCUCUCUCUCUCUCUCUCUCUCUCUCUCUCGUUCCUGUAUGA